CCCCGUCCGUCUUAACGGCUCUCCCCUGAACCCUCAAACUUCAGAAAGACACACUCUCUCAUCUCCGCCAAACAUGCCGGCAAUCUUCUCCUUCCCUCUUCUAUUCUCCUUACUAUCUACCCUCUGCGCCGCUCAAGGCGGCAGCUCCGCCGCAGGCAACGGAGGAUCGAGGGUGGAGCUAUGGUGCGUGGCCAAGAACAACGCGGAGGAUGCUGCACUCCAGUCAUCGCUCGAUUGGGCCUGCGGACCCGGCGGUGCCGACUGUGGGCCCAUCCAGCCCGGCGGCCCGUGCUACGACGCCUCCGACAUCCAGAGGACGGCGUCGUUUGCCUUCAACGAUUACUUCAUCAAACACGGCAUGACUGAGGACGCCUGUAAUUUCCAGAACACCGCCGCUCUCACUUCUCUGAACCCUAGCUUUAACAAGUGCAAGCUCCCAUCAAGUCUAAGUAAUGGGAAGAUUAGCACACCAACAGAUAUGGGAUUAGGGCCAUCAGCAAUGGAUGUAAAUACCAGCAGUUCUAUAAAAGCGGGCAGAUGGACGUGGGAUUUGAUCACGAUAUGUUUCUUGUUUGCAUCUGUAUUCAUUUUGCGAGGAAGAUGAAGCUGGUGGACUGUGUUCUUCUCCCCUUGUAUGUAAUGUCGAAGAUGAGAGCAAAAGUAGCAUUUUUCUCAAGAUCAGAUCACCAUGGAAUCCAUUUUAUGUGCCAGAAUAUUGUAGUGUAUGUAUCAUCUGCUAGUUUUUGUCAAGUCCAGUUAUGGGAAAGCCUGUUUCAAACUCUUUAGUUUUCCCCUCUGUGAUAUGCCUUUUAGCCCCUUUGGGCAUAUGUAUGUAAUUCCCAGUUUUAGGAUAAUGUUGAAUAUUAUAUUAUGGAGGUUGGUUCUUCAUAACUUGUUCUCAACUUCACUCCAACCACCUAAGUUGGUCAGGUAGUUGAUUUGAUAUAAUCACGAGAUUUUAAGUCCGAUUCUUAA